AUGUGUCUCCAGUAUUACCUCAACAAACAGGGAGAUCGUGUCUAUGCGUUGAAGAAAUUUGACCCUACGGGACAACAGACUUGCUCUGCCCAUCCUGCUCGGUUCUCCCCUGACGACAAAUACUCAAGACACCGAAUCACCAUCAAGAAACGCUUCAAGGUGCUUAUGACCCAGCAACCGCGCCCAGUUCUCUGAGGGUUCGUUAAUUUCGUGUGCUGCCGGACCCCA